AUGUCCCUCGCCCGCAGAUUCACUAUCCAAGUCAGCCUGGUAAAGGUACCUCCUCAGCUUAAGGAAUUGGUAUCAAGGGUUCUUGAAAGCUCUCCCUUCACUGAAAGACAUAGUCGACUUCUCAGCUUGGUCACCUUAAACCCUGAUGAAGAAAUGCUAAAAGUGCUCUUCCAGUUCUUUGACCCUCUAUAUCACUGCUCCACUUUUCCGGAUUACCAGUUAGUUCCUACCAUGGAAGAAUUUUCUCUGUUACGUGGGUGCCUAUCCUUAACAAGGUACCUUUCAAUGGCAUGGAAAGAGACCCUAAACCCGAAGAUCUGGCUAAAGCUCUGUCCUUACAGCGGUCUGACGUAG